AUGGAGGCCUGCAAGCCUGCCCUGCUGUCGGCUUUGUCAUCAUGCCCACCUGCCGACGAGGAAGCGCGCCGGAGGCUGUAUGUCAUCCUCAGCCGAUGGCACAUUAUCAUAGUGCUACUGUUGAAGCAGCUCAGGUUGGCGAAGAGGAGGACAGACGAGCACGACCGCGCCACGGCUUCACGUUGCGAGUUGAGACCCAGCAUGGAAGCGACACAGGCCGCUCUCAAACAGGUCUCUAGAGAGAAGCCCACACGGCGUCUGCACAUUAGGUCCUGCUUGUACGUAAUUCAGUGGAUCAGAGAAAUGCUGAAGUCACAGAAGGCAGCUCUGGACAGCCUGGAGAAGAAGGGACAGGAUGUUGCGGUGUUGCGCAAACAGCACGAGGCAAUGGAAAAGGAAGCCAGCAAGCAAAGCCAAAGCCUCGAAGGUGCUCUCGGGGCGGUCAGCGCUUACGACAACUCCUUGGACGCAGUCGAGUCUUUCCUCACCCAGGCCGACGACUGCCUGCAGCGCUACCUGAACUGCUCCCCCGAGCUGUACGCCAGCUACCUGCCAGCACUCGAGGCUUUGGGCCAGACACUGGAGAAACAGGAGAGACCACUGCUGGGUAGUCUGGAGGCUGCUCAGGCAAACCUGACCGACAGCGAUGGACGCAAGCCUGAGAAGACAUCGCUGGAUAAAGUUCGGCAGCUGCGGGACAGGUGGUACCAACUCAAGGAGAAGACGUCUCAGCUGCACAGUGAAAUGGUUCAGCUGCACUCACUCUGGCAGCUCACGAAGAAGACACCGGGGCAGGAGCUCGAGCUUAGCUACGCGCAGGCAGCAGCGCGAGCAGACGUUCGGUCUGCUCUGAGAGAUCUCACCUCCGCAGACGUUUCCAGCCAGCUCCUGGACCCGUCGCCGCUGAAAGCAAGGAUCAACGCCCUACAAGCUUCCGCACCGGCGCUCAUGGAGCCGCGGUCGGCGCCGCAUCGCCACUGCGAUUGGUCAGCCUUGGGCUUCGCCGCACACCCAGCAAAACUCGAGCAGGAUCUCAAACAGCUGGAGAAGGUGCUCCCAAGAGAACCCGGAAGUGACUGGAGUGUAGAGAAGCUGCGUGACCUGUGUGCUAAGCUAGAGAAACUGUCCCGAGAUGUGAUUCCACUGGGCGUCAACCUUCACUGCAUCCGGACUGACGACUCCGACGACCUGCUCCGGCGUUGGAGGCUCCUCUGCCACCGGCUCAUUUUUAUCUGGGGCAGCGCCCGAAGACUCCUGCUGCAGAAGGCACCCCUGGAAGACAGCUGCACGGACCUGCUCCGGCUCAGCCAGAGGUCGCGGCAGACGCUCACCAGCGCAACAGGCCCUCCCUUCCUAGACCCAGCAACGUGCAGGCAGCACCUCGAAGACGUUGGCAACCUGCAACUGCGGCUGGCGACAUUCAAGCCGAUGCUCGCGUCCCUGCGGCAGCGCCGAUCCACGCGGGACCACGCCGAGUCUUGUGACCAGCUGGACGGAGCCAUGGACAGGAUGGCACAGAAAGCAAGGGUACGGGCUGGAGAAGCCUGGCUCUGGCUGAAGCCCUGGAUCGCGUUCUGGACUUCGCUGGACGUUGUUAACGGGCAGCUCUCAGCACUGGAGCAGUCGGAGGUGCUGCAGCUGUCGUCACUGCCUGUGCUGGACCUGCGCUUCAUCUCAAUACUGUUCCAGCAUGAGCGGCUGUCCAAGCAAUUGGAAGAAGUGAGGUGUCGCUGGAAAGCCUUGCACAGCCACGAAGAACACCUGGCACGCAUCGCACCGGCUGGACCGUGGCUGGACGAAGUCGUGAAACAAUCCCGUGAGUCGCUUCGUCGCUUGGAGGCGCUUGAAGCCAGGGAAAGAGACCUCGAGAGGUGCUGCUCUCACUGGGAUGCGCUGAAGCAAGAACUGCGCAAUCUUGAUGCAAGCAUGGCCAACGCGCUGCAAGGUGUCCAAACUGCCACCUCAAGUUCACAGCAGCCCCACUCGCAGGAACUGGUGUCCAAGGAGAAGUUGGAUCAGCUGAACCAAGCCGUAGAAGCAACAAGCAAGUGCUUGGAUAAGGUGACAUUGGGCUGUGUUGCUACGGAAGCAGAGGCCGUAAAGAGUCACAUAGCACAUACCAGCAAAGCUGCCAAGGCAUUGUCGGAAUGCGGAAGGUUCUCACCGGACCAAAAGGAGCAGUCAAAGAAGUGCGUGGCAGAGUUCACCAGUUCCUGCAAGGAGUUGGACAGACGGAAGAAACAGAAGGAUGACAAGGCUGCGUCGAAACCAAGUGGCGACGCUGCUGAAUGGGUAAAACAACUGAGCGAGGAAUCGCAAAGGCACAAGGAUGACUGCGACAGACUGCUUCGUUACGGUGAGUCCAUUGGGACUUUGCUCCUGGACGAAGAUAUCAGGAAGGAGCUGGACAGCCAGCUCGCUGCUGUCAAGCAGUCAUCCAACGACGCCGAAGGAACACUGCAGCAAAGCACGUUGAGGCUUAAUGGUGUGGCCGGCUUGCAGCAAGAGUUUGAUGUGAGAUUGGAAGAAUUCCUGCUCUGGCUCGAUGACAUGGAAGCAUCUCUCACCUCUACCAUCAUCCCAGCAGAAGCGCAGCGAGAGAUGAAGCUUCUGAAUGCUAAGAAGCAAGAAGUGGCCGAACACAGUGAACCACUGAAGCAGCUACGGACCAGCCUCAGCGAUUUGCUCAAGCACUACCACGACCUCAUGCCAAGUGCGGACCAGGACAGAGCAGAGGAACAGCUAGCGGACACCGAAAGGCGUUGGCAAGCUUUGGCACCGCUGGUAGAGGAACGACAAAACAGAUUAAGUGCUGCGAAUGCCUUGUGGGAGGAAGUGAAGCAGUUGGCUGGCAAGCUCGCCAAUCUGCGGACUGCCGAGGAGACCCUCGCCCGCACCUUCGGCGACGACCUGGAGAGCCUCUUCCGUACAGUGGAGGCAUUGGAGCGCCUGCUACCCGAAGUGCAAGAACUAGCGGUCCCACUGAACAACAUUUGCCGCCGGUACGAGAACCUGGUUCAGGACUGUCCGGUGGACGAAGCCUUUACGCAUACAUCGACCAGUUGCGCAACGACUGGCUCGCAAGGAGACGCUCGGUGCGGGACUCUCUGGAACGCUACCGUGGAGCGGCACACACUUGGGAGUUGUGGGACAGCCUGCGGGAGCAGCUCGUGUUAUGGCUGACCGAGAAAGAUGUGGUUGUCAGCAGGCUUGAGAUGGGACACAGCACAGAGGACGAUGACCCCAAGGCACUACAACAGGAGCUCCUGCAAGGCAGCUCCCGGUUCACCGAGCUGAGAGCCACUGGUUCAGAGGUGGAGCGGUUUGGCCUCCUGCUGGCAGGCAUUGCCACAGGCCCAGCGCUGGGAGAGCUGUACCUCUACUGGC